CCCGAUACCGAGCCAGUCUGCGGUGCGAUCUCGAAGUGGGAGGACGUUCGCCGAUUCGCUCUCACUCUCGCUCCUGUCGCUGUUGUCAAUCUUUCUCUCUUUCUUUGCUGAAGUUGUUGUUGUCACAUCGCCUUUCGUAACAACCCUCAACAACUUUUUUUUCCCCUUUUUGGUUAAUACAACAGUAGAAAUAAAGGAAUAGCCAAAUAUAAAAAAAUAUCAAUGAUUUUCCUUGAACUUGACAUUGGAUAACUUUUGUCAUCUGACCAAACAAUGAAAAGCGAGAUUUAGCAAGACCAAAAGAACCGCGUUUGAGCAGAAACCAGUACGAAGAGUAACUCGCAGACAGCAGUAGAAUAGAAUAAGAGGCCAGACAACGGAGAGAGAGAACAGGACACCAGACGCAACGACAUGAACAAAAUCCGCCUUGGGCUCUUGGUGCUCGCCCUCGCUCUGCCUCUCGCCCUCCCCCAGGAUGUCUCUGACGGGCGUGAGAAGAGGCAGGCCCCCAUAGGCGUUCUCAACCCGCCCAUUCCCACGUCAGUCGGCCACUAUCUAGGCGCGAGCAGGCCCGUGGACAACUGCCCGCGCAGUGAGGUGAAGCUGCCUGACGGGCAAUGCUAUGGCCUCCUGACGCAGGGCCCGUGCGCCCUGGCCGAGUACGUCCUGCUCGAUCCCGCCACCAACCAGGGAUACUGCGCCCCCCGCCUCUGCGCCCCCGACAGGAUCUUCAUCUUCAGCGACCAGAUGUGCCACGACCCGAGGAACAUCAACCUGUGCCCGCCGGGUCGCCAGCUGUACCAGACGAGCUUCGGGACGCCCGUGUGCCAGUGUCCUACCGGGACCUACGAGGGCGACGACGACCUCGACGACGACGUGUGCGAGCCGCUGCUGGGCCAGACGCUCCUCUGCCCGCAGGGACAGGUGUUCUGGUUCCGCGACUUCAGCCAGCCCCCCGAGUGCCUCCCCGACCCCUGCGGCGGCGACAACCUCAACCGCGGGCCCAAUGACCUCCCUUUCGUCCCCGCCGCCGACGGGAGGUGCUACCAGCUGGGAUCGAAUCCCUCAGUGUGUCCAGCCCAAACUUGGUACUCGAUUGCCCUCGAGAAACUGCAGGGUGUGUGCGCCUCCUUGGAAGACGCCGGCUACCAGGUCUUCGACGCCGCGACGCUGACCGCCCUGACUGAGCUGUACGGUCCCUUCAUUCCCAGGGAUACCACGGCACCCAUCCCGGUUGCCCAAGGUGCCCCAGCCACUCAAGGUACUCAAGGUACCCAAGCUGCCCCAGGUGUCCUACGUGCUCCAGGUAUCUCAGGUGCUCCAGGUGCCCUUGGUACCCAGGGUACUCAAGGCAUUCAAGGUAUCCAGGGUACUCCAGGUGCCCAAGGCGUGCAAGGUGCACCAAGCCUGUCAGGUGGUGCCUCGCGCCCUACCCAGGUGAGUGGGCAGGCUCAGGUUCCUAGUCCGAGCCUCAAUGUGAUUAACGGCAAUGGAGCUCAGGGAGGCCAGUUGGGAAGCACUCCAACUGGCCCGGGACGUCUAGAUUUCCAAAGCGGCAGCCAAACAGGAGCUGGAUCUCCAUCUCCCACCGGCCAAAGGAUCACAUCUGGUGGGCAGUUGUCAACAGCUGGGCCUGGCAGCUUUGGGGCACCAUCUGCUGUGGGAGUUCAGCAGCCACAAGCCCCCUCCGGAGGCUCCCAGGCCUCUUUCCGUCCUUCAGCGGGCACCGGGAGUCAAGGUUCGUUCAGUCCUGGAGUUGGCCAAAGCGGACAGACUGCAUUCCAACCUUCGGGCAUCCAUUCAGCCGGUGUUCGGCCCUCAGUUGGUCGGCCAGCUGGUACUGGGAGCCACAGUUCAUUCGGUUCUGGAGUAAGCCAAAGUGGUUUUAGCCACUCAGUCGGCCAACCUGUCAGUCCAGGAUUCCAGAAACCUUCUGUCCACUCAGUUGGCAGCGGAGUGCGACCCUCCUCCGUGCAGUCAGCUGUCCAAGUGGGUCCAGCCCAGGGCCCCAGUCAGGCAUCAAUCAGUCCACAGUCCUGGGUUGACGGACACUAUGCUGGAGCUUCUGUGCCACCGCAAUGGGCAUCAGCCACCUCUGCUCCGCUACCGUUUGCCAGUCACCCAGGAAUUGGCACUUCAGCAGGCAAUUUCCCGUUCGGCGGGCAACCUGGAGUGUCUCAGGGGACCAUCCCGUCGUCAUCUUCAGACGAGACCUUCGGAGGAGUCCAAGGUUUCUCCGGUGGCGAUGAUGACAACUCCUUCGAGCUCUUUGACAUGCCCGACUCCAGGGCGCUCUCUGGCUACAGCUACGAAGAGCCUCAGGGGCGUGCAUUCGGCCCGGGCCUAGGCGUGAGGAGAGCGAAGCUGCUCGCCCAAGUCUCGCUCAUGGGCGGCGACAUAAACUCCGGUCACUUGUCUAACCUCCAUGCGCCCGCUGGACACGAGCUGCAUAACUUCUUCAAUGGCGUGCGUCGGAUAGUGACCGGUCUUCCGAACUCAACGGGCACUCACCACCGCUCGCGUCGGUCGCCCCUGCCUCACGCCACGCCAGGAAAUGUGCUGGAAACGCGGCUGGUCGGCUGCCGGGCGGGCGCGCAGAGGGACAUCAACGCCAAGUGUCGGGAUACGUGAG